AUGAACUACACCAACUACGAAACAGCUAUCGUCGAAGCCUAUGGGGUGCACCUUGUAGGAUGGCCUGAAGGUGUCGACUUUAUCAGCCCGUCGAACAUUGGCACAGUAGGUGACAUUCGCAGGCUUCGGGAUGCACUCAAGACUAGAAUGUGCUCUUGGACCACUCUGUCACCAGCGGAAGUCAAGGCUCACACCGCUGAACUCGAUGCACGCUGGUCAGCUGGGGAGGUGGUUCACAAGCCACGAAAAAAGUGUUCGGACGCUGGAGUAGCUCGGAAGCGCAAGGUUCUGCCCACAUCAAACAAGAAUAAUCGAAAAUCAUCAAAGAGGGCGAAGGAGGCCCCUGCUCGGCUUCGGGAAGCCCCAAAAAGUGCUGAAUUUGUAGAGUCAUCUGACGAGGAGGAGGAGGAGGAGGAGGAGGAGGAGGAUGAAUAA